AACAAACAUACACAGGAAGCAUGUUUUCUCGAUAGUUUCAUCAUCGUCCCGCGUUAUGUGUAGAUCGACAACUAAAUACUUCAUGUGGAUGAUAAUAUUGGAUAGUAACACAGCAUAACAAAUAUUUUAAAGAACUUUAUUUGUGUACUUUUGUCUGUUAGUGUUUGCUCAUCAAGAGUAAGCAAGUGACUUUUGUUAUCGUAUUAUAAAUUACUAUAUCGUACACGUGUUUACAAAACCAACAUGACAAAAACCAAUAAUCUCAUGAAUGGAACUCGAUCGUCUGAUAAUUCAGACUCGUCGAGUGAUUCAGGCAGUGCUAUUAAAUUGAAAAAAGAACUUGGACUACACAAUGGAGUGGCUAUCAUUGUUGGUGUAAUUAUAGGCAGUGGAAUUUUUAUAUCACCCAAAGGAGUUUUACUUGAAUCUGGUUCAGUUGGACUGUCACUCAUAGUGUGGCUCAUUUGUGGACUUAUUUCGUUAGUAGGGGCAAUAUGUUAUGCAGAACUUGGUACAAUGAUUGUCAAGUCAGGCUCAGACUAUGCCUACAUUGGUGAAGCAUUUGGACAUCUGCCUGCAUUUCUGUAUUUGUGGGUGGCUCUUGUGGUAAUUAUCCCCUGCGGUAAUGCCAUAGGGGCCUUGACAUUUGCAGCAUAUGUUUUAGAACCAGUGUUCCCAUGUGAUGGUGGACCCCCAGAGACAGCGAUGAGAUUAUUAGCAGCUCUUUGCAUUACAAUUCUCACCUAUGUCAACUGUAAAAAUGUGAAAUCAGCAGCCUUAAUUCAGGAUAUCUUCACUGCAACAAAAAUCAUUGCCCUUGUCAUGAUCAUCAUCAUCGGAUUCGUUUUUAUGUUCAAAAGUGAUAGAGAAAGUUUCCAAGAACCAUUUGAAAAUUCCACAACAUCACCAGGCAAAUUUGCAUUAGCUUUUUACUCAGGAUUGUAUUCUUAUGCUGGAUGGAAUUAUUUGAAUUUUGUAACAGAAGAAUUAAAAGACCCAUAUAAAAAUUUACCACGUGCAAUAGGCAUUUCAAUUCCGUUAGUGACGAUUAUUUAUUUGUUAGCAAAUGUUGCUUAUUUUGCUGUACUGACACCAGCAGCCAUGUUAGCAUCAAAUGCUACAGCAGUGACAUUUGCAGAGAGAACAUUAGGUGUAAUGUCAUGGAUCAUGCCUGUUUUUGUUGCCUGCUCAACAUUUGGUGGCCUUAAUGGUGCUAUCUUCACAUCAGCAAGAUUGUUUUUUGUUGGGGCCAGAGAAGGUCACUUGCCAGGAUUUCUUGCUACGAUAAAUAUCAACAACUUUACACCCACACCUUCCUUAGCAUUUGGUUGCCUCAUGUCUCUUGUAUAUUUAACAUCAACAGAUAUCUAUGCAUUAAUUAACUAUGCCAGUUUUGUGGAGACAGGAUUUAUUGCUAUCAGUAUUUGUGGCCUGUUAUAUAUGCGAUACACACACCCUAAUGCACCCAGACCAAUUAAGGUGCAUUUAGUAUUCCCGAUAUUUUUCUUGAUAAUCUGUGCAUUCCUGUUAAUUGUUCCUUUGAUGGACAGUCCUAAGGAAUGUUUUAUGGGAAUGAUUGUUGUUGCCUCAGGAAUACCAGUCUACAUUCUAGGAGUAUGUUGGGAAAAGAAACCAAAGUCUUUCCUGUCUAUUUGUGAUAAAUUUUCAGUUAUGACACAGAAGAUAUUUGUGAGUGUUCGCGAAGAGUUGAAAGAAGAUUAAAGGAAGAAGUAAUACAGAUAUAUAAUACCUCAUGUGACUGAUAUAGAGCAACAAUAUCAACAAUAUCCAAUUUUAGAUGAGAUUUUUAUUUGUUAAAAAAACUUUUGUAAAUCUAAGGUUCUAUACACCUUUAACAAACAAAAAAGUUCAAAAGAUAUUUUAUUUUAUAACAUUCUUUAUAAAAGAAACAUUUGUAUACUGAAAAUUAUUUUAAGAUCAUUUUAUAGUUUAAGUUAAAACAAGACUUGUCGGAUAAAAACAAGAAGAUUUUUUUUUACUGUUUUUAAAAAUAAGAGGUGGGGAAGUAAAUUAAAGAAAAACCUUUGAAUUACUAUUUUUGCAUUUAUGAAUAUUUACAUUGUUCAUUUUAUACUAAGCUUUGAUUGUUAUAGAUCAGACAUUUUGUUAACAUUUAUAAAAUUACUAAUAUUAUGAUUUUUAAAAAUUGUCAGUAAACCUCUCAUUGAAAUCAUUUUAGUUGUCACCCAAAAUUAUUUUUUUUUCCUGAUUGCUUAACUACGCAAACAUUUGACUACUGCAAUGUAAGAUGAUAAAAUCUUAUAAUUUAAAUUUUGGUAAUUUUGAUUUAAUAAAUAUUUUAUGUUUCUGAUGUAUGAAUGACUUUAACAUAACCAAAAAUUCUGCAGCAAUCACCAAUGGGAAACAAGAUCAUAUCAUUUAGAUUGAAUGUCAUAUCUCUCUCGACCAUGAAGAACGAACAUUUCGCUAUUUUCCUCAUUAUUUUAUUCAUUCAAAAUAUCACAGAUUAUUUUUUAAACUUAGUCAAUUAGAUAUUGUGUUCAAAACAAAAUUAUUUUCACCUUAUUAGUUGAAAUAUAUGUAUAUUUUUAAAAUGAUGUAUAAGUACAGAAGUUCAGAUUUUUUUAUGUGAUGGUAUUUUCUUUCCUUACCUAAAUGUAUUUAUUACUAUGUAAAAAGGUUAUGGACAUUUCUAUUUGUGAUGAUUUUUGUUUGUUUUGAAGGGUGACACAUUUUUAUCAUUUAAACAUGUUUUUGUUUUACGAUACUUUUAGAAUACAUGACUGCACAAUAAUGCAGAACAUUCAUAAAAAUUAAAUGUUAAAAGGUGUCAUCUGAUGUCAUUGAAAAUGCAUAAUUGAGCUCUAAGAAAACAAGCGUUGUAUGAAAUUUGUUUUGUAUUGUGUUGUGACGUGUUGUUAUCAUAUUUGUUUCCUGAUGUUGGGUCAUGUUUGUUAGUUUUCCACUUUUUUUUGUUUUUUUUAAUAACUUAAGAGAUAAAAUGAAAGCAUACUGUUAUAUAUGAUGGAUUUGAAAGAGCAAUGGAGACGCUAAAACGUGAUGGCCAAUAGUAUUGCAAUUUUGAUUUUAAGCCCUAUUCAGAUUAAACAACUGCUAGAUUUUCUGUUAAAAGGAGUAUGUAAAUAUGAAUAAAAUUUUCAAAACCAUUUAACUACUGCUCAAGACAGUUUAUUGAUGUCAAUAUUAUGUAUAUUGUUUGGUUACGGUUGCCAUACAAAUAUAAAUGUGCCUUUUUCAUACAGUCUGUCUCAUUGUUUUUGUCAAUUUUUAAAUAUAUUUUUUUUGUUACUGAUUUAUGUUUUUGAUUGUUGAAUAUUGAAUAUCUAUGGUUCAUGGUAUAAAAAUGUAACCACGGAAUUGUUUUGUAAAUAUUUCUUUAGAGACCUACUAUAAACUGUAAUAUAAUUUAUUAGUUAAUCAGAAAUUUCUCAUAUUUCCUGCAUAUAAAAUACCAAUACUUUUAAGUAGAAGAAAUAUUUCUAUAGAUGAUGUGUUUACUAGAAUUUUUACCAUCUAGCUGUAGUUAGAAAAUCUCAGGUUUCGUUCCUUAAGAACUAGUCAAAAAUUUUACCAAAACUUGAAGCUCAGCUAUGUUUUUGACAAUCAAAGUUAGUUAGUUUUUCUCUUCUCGAUAAGGCCUAUUGAAUCAAUAUUUACAUCGCAUUUUUUUCAUUUAAAUGAACAUUCAACUCAUAAACUUUAGUUACACAUUUAUUGGUGUGAAAAUCGUUCUUGUCAUUGGUAUUUGAAAUAAAAGUAUGAAAUGACCAAUAAACCUUAAAUUACACCUUAACAUUUGCAUGAAAAGCUUCUCUAAAUUAUCAUGUGAAUUCAAAAAUGACAAAUGUUUUAAUUGUCAUUUACUGUCUUACUAGCAUCUUCAUUUCAUUUGAAAAUAUUAGACAUCAAGUUAAAAAAGAUAAUAUUCUCAUUGUCAUUUUCCAUUUUAACUGUCCAACAUUUGGAUUUCAAAGUCUCAUUUUGUGUUUUCACAUAGGUACACAUAAAUUCAGA